CCCUCCGUCAUAAGCCACCGAGAACACCCGGAAGCAUUUCGCAGUAGAAUUUGGUUUCGGCGGUAUCCGCUGCUGCCAGUGCCUAUUUCACGCUCCCGGAACAGACGCGCAUUUUUCUGCAAUAGCUAUGGCGCUUGUUAGGGGACCUAUCGGAGUAGCAACCGUCGGCUCGUCUGGGAAAGCGCGGCUGCAGGAUGCAGUGGCGUCUCAAUUCGCCGCGCGUACCACGUGCUUACCAUCCCUGGUGUCGCUGAACCACUUUCCUUCGCAAUUCUGCGUUUCCUCCUGUGAGGGUGCUCGUUGUUCAAGUGCAUCUAAGCAGCGACCUGUGAUGCCCCGAGCUACUGCCGCUCACGCCUCAAACACUCAGAGCAUGACUAGAAUUGCUGACACAUUUUCUACACUUAAGCAGCUAGGAAAGGUGGCCUUCAUUCCAUACUUAACUGCCGGCGACCCUGACUUGGAUACAACGGCUCAGGCAUUACGUCUACUGGAUGACUGUGGAGCAGACAUCAUAGAGCUUGGAGUUCCCUACUCAGAUCCUCUUGCUGAUGGCCCUGUCAUUCAGGCUGCCGCAACUAGGUCGCUUUCGAAGGGCACAACUCUCGAUAAGGUUUUGUCGAUGUUGAAGGAGAUCUCACCAAGCUUGAAAGCUCCAGUUGUGCUUUUCACAUACUACAAUCCUAUUCUGAAGCGGGGCAUGGAACCUUUCCUGAAGGCUGUCAAAGAGGCUGGAGGCUCUGGCUUAGUUGUACCAGAUAUUCCUCUUGAAGAGACGGACAAACUCCGGGAGCGAUCCGUGGCAAACGGCCUUGAAUUGAUCUUGUUGACAACUCCUACUACACCCAAAUCUCGCAUGAAAAUAAUUGCCAAGGCCUCGCAAGGCUUCGUCUAUUUGGUAAGUCUUACUGGAGUUACAGGAGCACGUACUUCAGUUCAGAGCCGUGUGGAAACUCUCUUGAAAGAGUUGAAGGAGGUCACCGACAAACCAGUAGCCGUUGGUUUUGGAAUUUCCAAGCCUGAACAUGCUGUACAGGUGGUAGAGUGGGGAGCCGAUGGUGUGAUUAUAGGCAGUGCUAUGGUUAAGAUUCUAGGAGAGGCUGCAAGUCCUAAAGAGGGCCUGGCUGAACUUGAAAAGUUCACAAAGGAUUUGAAAAAUUCCAUUUCUUGAGAUUUGUAUGUACGUAAUUACAACAUGUAAUAUGCGUAUAUCGUAACUUCUCUUUCCUAUGUUGCUCCCAUCCUAAGUCGCACAUCUACUUUUACGAAAGCAAGAAUUUAUGAAGUUGCCGCAGGGUCCUUGGACUGAGGGAAUAGGUCUGACAACCGCUCAUCAACAUCAUAUCUUCAAUUGCAGAUGUCCCUUAUUAUUCGUUGCUUGAAUUUCACCUCAUCAUGACGGCUGGUAGAAAUAUUUGGAGGUUGUUUUGAUUUACUAUAUGAUAAGAUGCAAAUAUAAUAGUCAAUUACACUUUAUCUUUAUUUUGAUGCAGCGUUAUAUAAAUCAUUUAGUUUUUACCAUUUCGUCGGUAUAAGAUGAAUGGUGAUGUGAUAGUAUCGCUCACAUGUAGGCAAGCUAGUCUAUGUCUUAAGAGUAUUUAUGAUACUUGUAGAAGAACAAUUUGAAGCGAGGAUAUGAAUAUAAUUAAAGAGUCACGCAGCGCAUUUUUCGAAGCCGAUGAAAUAUGCGUGCAAAUGGUAGGGCAUACUUCACUCUCAAUAAGUCGAUUAGCUAGGUUAUUCUCUCAAGUCUGAGUAAUAUUAAGGAAAAUGGAAAAGUGACCUUCACGGGAAAUUUGUUACAAUUUUAAUGAUGCAUUUUUCUACCAAUCGGUUAAUUAUCAGCCA